UCACCCGCUCAUUGUUUUUUUUCUGUUUGUUUUGAUUUUAUGUUUGUUGUUUUAGUCAGCAUUUUCAACAUAAAACAAUGAAUAAAAUUAUUUGUGCAUGUUUAAUGGUUUUAAUAAUUAUAAAACAAAGUGUACAGAAUGUUGUUAUUAAUGGACCCGGCUUAAAACCUGAUAAAAUUGUGAUGCCUGCUCGAUACUUUAUUGUAAAUUUCACAUCAUUUAACGACUACACUACAGAUAUGGGCAAGGAAUUUGCUGUGGAUAUUCAUGGUCAGUCCUAUACAAGCAACCACUGCAGAGUAUGGGCCAAUAAGUUGGACCGUAAAGAUGGAACCUUUAUCAUUAGGUACAAAGUGUAUGAAACAUGUAGAGAACUCACUAUCAACAUUUACUAUAAAAGUAAACAUAUUGCUGGAUCACCCUUGCAAUUUUCAGGUCCUAUUUAUGCAGACCAUUGCAACUGCCCUGAGAGAAAUAUUGAUAAAUGGCUAAAUAAUUAUGGCUGUAAAGACAGUUACAAACAAAUUGAAAAAGAUUUGAAACAAUUUGUUGAUGUAGACAUGAAUGUACAAAUAAAAAGAAUAAUAGAUAAACAUCAUAGGCCCGAAAGUACUAGUUUCUGUCAUUAUGUUGUGAAGAAUAACCAAAUACACAGAGAUUGUUAUGGAAAACAUGUUGGCUUCAACAUGUUCUCGGAUAAUAUUCUACUAUACCUCACAAGAAAAGUUGUGAUGCCAGAUAUGGAGUUGGUGAUCAACCUGGGAGAUUGGCCUCUGGCCCGGAGAGAUGUAGACCCUCUGCCUAUAUUCUCAUGGUGCGGUAGUGAUGAUACAUUAGAUAUUGUCAUGCCUACUUAUGAUAUAACUGAAUCAACAUUAGAAAACAUGGGAAGAGUGUCUUUAGACAUGUUGUCAGUGCAGGGCAACGUGCAGCGAGCGUGGGCGGCGAGGGAGGCGCGCGCGGUGUGGCGCGGCCGGGACUCGCGCGCCGAGAGACUCAAGUUGAUAGACAUCGCGAGGGAACACCCGCACCUGUUCAAUGCUUCCUUAACCAACUUCUUUUUCUUCCGGGAUAAGGAAGCUCAGUAUGGGCCGAAGCAGCCACAUAUUUCCUUUUUUAAAUUCUUUGAUUACAAAUACCAAAUCAACAUAGAUGGAACAGUAGCAGCGUAUCGAAUGCCUUACCUACUAGGGGGAGGGGGCAUGGUCUUGAAGCAGGAUUCCCCAUACUAUGAACAUUUCUACCAUUCUUUAGAGCCCUGGGUGCACUAUGUGCCAGUCGCGAGAGACCUCUCUGACCUUGUGGAAAGAAUAGAAUGGGCUAAGGAUCAUGACGAAGAUGCCUCAAAGAUAGCUAAGAAUGCUAGGGAAUUUGCCAAUGACAAUCUUCUACCUCAACAUAUUAUUUGUUAUCAUGCUGUUUUGUUUAAGGAGUGGAGUAAAAGAUUAGUGAGUAAGGUGUCAGUGCGCGAGGGUAUGACCGCGGUGCCACAGCCUACAAGCGAGCCGCUAUGCAGUUGCAUUCCACCAGACCACCAACAAAACCGUGAUGAACUAUAAUUUAAAGACUAAUGUGCUAAAAGUAUUAAGAAACAAAUGAUGCUAAGUAGGUAUUAAAAGGUGCUGCCAGUAUGUUUUGAUAUAAGUAUGUUUAAGCAAACGUUUUUUUAUGUGCUAUAAAGCACUUUUCAAAGAUUAUUGUUAUUUCUAGGUAAGUACAAAAAGGCAAUCUCGUUUAUUAAGUUUGAUGUAAUGUGUAGAUUUUAAUAGAAACAAAAGAUUAUAACAA